AUGGGCAUCACCCAGGAGAUGAUCAAUCAUCGGCGACUCGUUCAAGAAUUAUAUGACAGAAGGGUCUUGCACAAUAUCCUCGGAGUGGAACCUCAGCCACUAGUCAUUCGGGAUUCCGAUGACGAAGUGGACGACGAGCGCAAGAAGGAGCCCAAAUCAUAUCUAGUUGAAUCUGCAUGGGAAAACGGGGACGGCGAGCUUCAGAAAAUCAUCUACAUACCAGGAGUGGGAGGGACGCCCUUGACCAGUGAGAUGGACUUGGAGUCACCAUAUUUAGAUACUUUGUAUAGCGUAAUGAAUAUUAGUGGCAAUUAUACAUUAUAA